AUGGUAGGCCAUUUUAGUUUUACUUUGUUUCUUUUUUUCAUAUUCAGUAUAUCUAAAGGUUCAGAGUGCCCAGAUUCAUUUACUGGAGAUUAUACACUUCAAUCCACAAAAUGUGAAUGUCUCAACAUAACUUUAAUGGAUUCAAAACUAAUAGUCAAAGAUUCGGUACUCAAAAGUGAAGUAUUACAAAUGUAUAACAGUAUUAUAACUCUUCUCGAUAAUGUAUCAUUUCAAAUGACGACAACUACUUUAUCUUAUAGUACAUUAAAUAUGCAGCUAGAUACUUAUAACGUAGUUGGUAAUCUGUAUUUUGAAAAUAAAAGUAGUUUUGUUAUGAAAGACAAUUCGAUAUGCAAUGUGACGGGAUCACUCUUUUUGAGUAACCAAAGUACUAUUAAUAUAACUAAUUCAAAUAUUAUUCAAAUAGCUUCUAAUUUUACUUUUGACAACUCAUCAAUUCUUCUGAGUAACAACUCUCAAGGGAAGUUCAAUAAUAUAACUUUAACAACUUCUAGUAUUCUUUUACUUUCCCAAAGUACUAAAGUAGAAUUAAUAAAUUUAUUAAAUGUCUAUGAUUCAUUGGUCGAAACCAACGAGACGAGUUCUCUCUCUACACAAUCUUCGGGCCAAUUCUAUACAUCAAAACUCAAUGUCAAAGAUAAAAGCAAUUUUGUGUGCAAAUUACAGUGUUUAUUUACGUCUAAUUCGUUUUUGCAACUCUCUUCUAGUAUGUCAUGUGGUUCUUGUUUAAAAUUAGAUACUGCGUCUGAAAUGGAAAUUAUUGGGAAUGCCACAGUUAUCGCAAAUCAAAUCAUUUUAUGUGUCAAUUCGAAGAGUAAGAUCCAAGAUAAUUCGGUAAUUACAACGGUAGUGAUUUUAAUGAUCCAAAACUCAACAAAUGUAUUUUUACAAAACGACACAAAAAUGACAAUUGGGUGCAAUACCAUGAUCAUUUGGGGAUCAAAUUUAUAUCUCCACCAAAACGCGAGCUUCAUCAAUGUGUUAUUAACAAUCUAUACCAAUUCUAAUAUCAAACUAUAUGAUACGAGUUAUUUAAAAACAACAGACACCUUUGAAAUCCAUAGUAAUAGUUCUAUUAUAAUGAGUGAUAACUCCAGUGCCUACGUUUAUAUAUGUAAAAUAAGUCAAGACGGGCAUAUGAAAAUGUAUAACAAUUCCAUUAUGAGAAUACCAAACGUAGUAAAAAUAACAGGGGAAUUAAUGAUGUAUGGACACAGUCAAUUACUCUCAGAAACAGACAUAACUGUUGAUUCCAGUGGAGUAGUGGAGUUAUAUGAUACCUCCCACAUGGAAGGGAAGAACAAUAUACAAGUGACUAAUGGUGGGCGGAUCACGUUGAAUGAUUAUGCAACGAUUCAAAGUCAAGUGAUUCAAGUGUCUGGGAGUACUUUGAUCCUCACAAGUCCACAUGUACAUACCAGUGUGAAUGCACAAACCUUUAUAUGUGUGAAUAGUGUCCUUCAGAUCACAGGAAAGAGUACUUUUGAGACUCAAAUUGGGAUCUUCACAAGUUGUACAAUAGAGGUCGAGAAUCGUCAUUUAUCUGAUAUGCCUUUAUUUAAGUUAUCAACCAUUUCUAUAGUCGCUUUAAUCAUUUCUUCACUCACACAAUUCGACUUCGGAGUUUCAAAUACCGCCAUUACAGCAGAAGAAAGUCUCACCACAAGUUGUGGGCUUUAUUUCCUUCAAAAUAAAUUACUUUUAAGAUAUGGGAAGAGUCAGGAGAUCUAUUGCCACUUAACUAAUGACAACCUCCAAACGCCAACGUUCAGUGAAAGUUAUUGUGUUAACAUGGCACAGAACUCAUAUUAUAUAACACCGAUACUUGAUAACCUCGAACUCAAGUUUGAAUAUUCAAAGAAUAGUACGACUCCUCUACAAGCUAUUGAUAACACUUGUGUCUUUGGAUAUUAUGGAGUAUGUCUUGAUUUAAUACAAAAUAUUCACAUCCAUUUAACUCACAUUUUGUCACUAGUGAAUUGCUAUACAACACUCGCCAAUGUCUUGAUUACAUCUGACAGUGGAUUUAAAAUUCCAGAUACAAAUUGUUAUGCAGCGUAUUCAUAUAACGGUACCUUCAAGUGUAAUAUCUUAUAUUCGCAGUGUGAGAAUGGCACUUUUGAUUCAACUUUAGGGAAGUGUACUUCCUGUAUGGACACCUAUUGUCUGUUAUGUCGCACUGUUUCCUCCAACUCGUGUAUCCGCUGUAUCCCAAAUUACAUUUUAACAAACAACAACUGUUGUUCUAUUAAAGAGGAGAAGUGUUUGUCUUCCAAUGAGAAGUGUUUGAAGUGUGAAGAUGGGUAUACCCUCGAGAACGGGGGGUGUAAAAUCCCAUAUGACCACUGUCAACAGAAGAAUUACUCCUCACAAGUCUCAACUAAGACGGCUUUCAAAUAUACAACAGACACAAAUGACCUUUGCGUGUUAUGUUCUCCAUUGGUGAACACUCUGAAUAUCAAUGGAAAGUGUAAAGAAACAGAUUCUAAUAGUUAUAGUAAAAGUAACUAUUAUAUAGUUUCCUGUGUAUCGGGGUACAUCACAAAUGGCACGUCGUGUGUUCUCUGUACCACUUUCAUUCAAAAUUGUGAGCGAUGUACAAUAACAACGUGUGAAAAGUGUCAAUCGGGAUAUAUCAUAACGUCUUCUGGAAAGUGCAAGAAAGCAGUGGAUGACUCUUUUAAUACUAUUCGUGAUGAGAAUGGACUGUACACUGACUCGAUACUCCACUGUGACAUCAUAGUCAAUGCAAAAUGUGUUGAAUGUGACAAUAACACUUUAACUCUGUCCAACGCAAAAUGUGAGACAACAAAAAUUGAGAAUUGUUUAGUGAAGACAUCAUCAGAGUGUCUUCGAUGCAUCGAAGGGUAUUAUUACAAUGGUACAACAUGUUUAAAUUGUGACUCUGCAUGCUCAACGUGCACUUCUUCGUCUCUUACAAAUGAAAGUGAUAGUACAGACUCCACUCGUGAUAGCCUCUGUCUGACGUGUUCUGAAGGAAGUUACAAAAGCGACUAUCGAUGCUAUCCAAAUGCCGAAUUGCAAGCCAAGUGCAACAAGAUCUCCGUCACAGGUGAUGGGUGUUAUGAAUGUAAAGGGGGGUAUUACCGUGAAGGACUUGAUUGUAAAAAAUGUGACAUCAAAUGUGGGACGUGUAAUGGCAAAGACCAAUGCCUGACAUGUAAUGUGACUAAUUAUAAGACAGCAGACAAUGAUUGUUUACCACGAAAUACACUUUAUGGGUGUUCCUAUGAAGUCACUGCAAAUGGGUGUACUCAAUGCUCGGAUGGGUAUUUCUUAUAUAAGGAAAAUCAGUGUUCUCAAUGUAGUGAUUUCUGUAACACGUGCUUCUCCACAUCCGCAUGCACUUCAUGUAAAAACGAUUCAAAUUUGAUUCUCUUAAAUAACAAUUGUACAACUAUGAGUAGUGUAGAGAAGUGUAUCGAAGUGUCCUCCUUUAAAUGUGCAAAAUGUUCCUUUGGUUACACUCCAUCAGACACUGGUCUCGAAUGUAAGAAACAUCUGCCAUGGUGGUUGACUUUCAUUAUAGUUCUUUUAUUAAUUAUAAUACUAAUAACUAUAGUAUUCUUGACCUUAAGUCUAACCAAGGUGAUUACGUCACGCCUCCACACAUAUCGUGUGAGGAAAGCGUCUCGUAUCUUUACCAUGCGACCUCAUACCGAGAAAUAUUAUAAUCUUAAUGGGGGACUUUGUAUCAGUCGUGAUAUAUUGAAUAUGAACGAUUAUAGCGCAGAGAUCCGCAUAGACGAGGAGAUAUGUGGGUCCUUUUCUAUUGGGAAUACUGAGAAGAGUCAUGUGAAUGUGCACAUCACGACGAGUGAAGAGGAUGAAUUGUAUACUCUUCGAGUCGAGCCGUCUGAUGUUGUUUUACACACAAAGGAAGCCUGUGAAUUUCAUGUUAUAUUUCGACCGAAAUGCACGUGUAACAUUAAGAAGGAGAUUGUAGUAGUUUCUCGAAGAGUGAAAAAUGCCAUUGAAGAUGUUGUGAAUAAGUUGGUAGUGACAGCAGACACUGUCUUAUCUACACGACUGAAUCCACAUGAAAUAAUAGAAGAGACCAAAAUUGGGGAAGGUGGCUUUGGUGUUGUUUAUAUAGGGAAAUAUCGUAACACGAUUGUAGCAGUUAAGAAAGUGAAAUUUGUGUUAAACACACCGGGGGAAAUUGAUGGGUUUGAGAAUGAAGUCGACAUGUUAGACAAAUUUCGGAGUGAUUAUAUCAUUCAUUUCUACGGCGCUGUUUUUAUACCAAGUAAAAUAUGUAUGGUCCUUGAAUACGCACAAUUUGGAUCACUUCAAGAUAUCAUGAAACAUCGACGGGAUACUCCUAUAAUCUUUAUUAUGCGUACUAAAUUGAUGUUAGAUGCUGCAAAGGGGAUAGAGUAUUUACACAACAAUGGGAUCUUACAUCGAGAUAUUAAACCAGAUAAUAUAUUAAUAGUAUCAUUGGAUGAAGGCAUGGCAGUCAAUGGAAAAUUGACUGAUUUUGGUUCAAGUCGUAAUAUCAACAUGUUGAUGACUAAUAUGACCUUCACUAAAGGCGUCGGGACUCCUAUUUAUAUGGCUCCUGAAGUCUUGAACCAAAGAAAAUAUAAGAAACCCGCAGAUGUGUUCUCCUUUGCUAUUACUAUGUAUGAAUGCCUCUCAUGGGAAGAAGCGUACCCAAUCAAAUCUUUUGAAUAUCCAUGGUGUAUCGCUGAUUUCGUGACUCAAGGAAAAAGAAUGGAAAAACCUUGUGGACUCGAUGAGAAAUAUUACAACCUCAUCGAAAGGUGUUGGGUACAAGACCCUUAUAUGCGUUAUACAGUCACUCAAGCUAAAGAAGUGCUCGAACAAUUUUAA